CGCGUUUCCUAUCCGCACGACGUUGGUGCCACAAGAUCGCGGCCGCCACGUCAAGAGAUGUAUGGUGCGAUCACGUUGCUGCAGCAGCCGUCCAUGCAGCAUGACGGGGUAGAGACAUCUCCUCUUGUGCCCAAGCGUCAGUUGCCACGGUCCCUUGCACUCCUGUGGCUCACAGUAGGCUGUGUGAGUUUGUCAAGCAUCGUCCUCGGGAUUUCGUCCGUUGUCAAGGGCGUCACGCCCAACGUGAGCCACGGCGAGGCAGUGCCACAACAAUUCGCUUCUCGCAGUGUGGACGACAACGCGCUGGGGUGCUUUCCCGUGCCGUCGAUUCAAGUAUUUGAGUGUCCGGUCGUCACCACCAUCGACAUUGCUCAAUCGCUGGCAGACCGCAGCAUUCCGUUCCCCGCGACUCAAGCCGACUUGUGCUACACAAACACGACAUUUCACAUUGCAUUCUCGACCCACGAAGAGAUGAGUUUUCUCACAAAUCCUUCGUACGGCCACAACGACAACAUUUGGGAGUACAACGUGUUCGAAGCGUUCAUCGCCCUCGGCACGGACGAUCCGGUCGAGUACUUUGAGUUCGAAGUGUCGCCGACCAACCAAACUUACAGCGCGUAUAUUUUGAACCCGCGCAAGGACUUUAGCCCGCCCGUGGGGCAUUUCUACGUCGGUGGCGACGAAGCAGAAGCCCGAGCUCUGGGCAUCCAAGUCGUCACCGAGACGGAUCGCGCUACCCACACGUGGGUGUCGGUGGCUGAAUUGCCGCUCGGUUUGUUUGACGUGACAGCACCUCAAGGCACACUGUGGCGCAUGAACUUCAUGCGAAAAAUCACCAACACCACGAUCUUUCCAAACCAGCAUUGUGGUGCUUGGAACGCGCCCAACCAGUACAACUUCCACGAAACCCCGUGCUUUGGGCGCGUCCACUUUGUCGCGUCUCCAUCCCCAAAAAACGCUAGCAUUACGUGAGUGGACGACGUGCAGCAGUGCAAGCAUUGCGUGUGGCCCCGUGCUAACAUGAAUUUGUCCGUA